UGGAAAUGUUCGGAUGUCAAUAUUUUUCUUUCUUUUUUUGUGUAAAAACACUGCACGUGGAUAUUGAUAAAAAUGGCUGAGAAAAAAAUUAAAUAUUUGGUUGCAGAUACAACGGCAUUUAUUAAUGUCGUUCAAUUACACGAAUACGCCGAAAACAUUCUUACGGUUCCCGAUGUAAUUGAAGAAGUUAAAAACAAACGACAAAUACGUCGUUUGGUUGUUUUGCCAUUUGAUCUUCAAAUUCGGGAACCUCAUUCGGAUUGCUUAAAAUUUGUCACAGAUUUUUCCAAGAAAACCGGAGACUACGCUAGUUUAUCAGCAAUCGAUUUGAAAAUAAUUGCUUUGUCUUAUGAAUUGGAGAAAGAACAUGUUGGUUCGGAUCAUAUAAAAACUCAACACUGCAUCUCAAAGGUGGUAGCUUCGAAGCAAAAACCAGAAGAACUCAUUGGUAACAAUAAAUUAGUCGGAUUCUAUGUUCCGAAAAAAGGUGCAAAGACGGAUGGUAGCUCCGAUUCUGAAGAAAGCGAGAGUGAGUCAGAGGAAACCUUAGAAACUGCGCAGCAGAAUUCAGGUUCAGAAGAACCCUCUGUGAAAACAAGCCAAAAUAAUGAAGACACAGAAAAGUUGGAAAAAAGUAUUCCUGAACCUCGUGAAGAGUGUGACGAUCUUAACGAGAAUGAAGAAUAUACCGAAGAAGAAUUAGAAAAAUCGUUUGCUAAUUUAAACUGCGAUUCAGAGAAUUCCACUGAUCUCCUCGCCCGAACAGACUUUGAGGAAGCUGAAUGUUCUUCGGAGGAUGAAAGUGAGGAGGAAAAUCCAGAAGCAAGUGGUGAUGAACAAGAAGACUACAAUGAUGAUAGUGGUUGGAUAACUCCAUCAAAUAUUAAAAAAGUUAAGAAAGAUCUUGAAGGCAAAGUUGAAGACGAAGUUAUCCCCACUGUCGCGUGUAUGUCAACAGAUUUCGCCAUACAGAACGUCCUUAAGCAAAUGAAUCUUAAUGUGUCGGCUUUGAAUGGACGUGUCAUCAAACACGUUCGCACAUAUAUUUUGCGUUGUUACACUUGCUUUAAAACAACCAGUGUCAUGACAAAGGUUUUCUGUCCCAUUUGUGGAAACAAAACCUUGAAGAAAGUCGCCGUCAGUCUCGAUGAAAAUGGUCAACAAGUGAUUCACAUAAACACAAGGAGACCACUAACUGCCAAAUACAAGAACCAGAGCCUGCCAAGAUUCAAGGGCGGAAAGCAUUCGCGUAAUCCACUUCUAUUCGAAGAUCAACCAAUGCCAAGGCAGAUGCCUUCGCGUGUAGCCAAAACUAAAACCAACGCCUUGAAUGAGGAUUACACAGCUGGAUAUUCACCAUUUGUUAUGCGUGAUGUAGAUUCCAAAUCGGCACUUUUGCGUUCGCAGGGAAAUCUUAAGGAGUGGGCUCGUAACAAUAACUUCGAGGAAGACAGACGCCGAAAGCAUUAUAAUAGAUUGGUUAAAUAAAUUUUUAAUUAUUUAAA